AUGGCGGACGCUGAGCAAGAUGGCUACGACCUCGAGACGCUGCAGGCGCAGAUCGACAUGUCCAUGGCGUUCACGCACAACAUCGUCUCGGGCUGGAUGAAGUCGUCCAAGACAAAACUCCCCUCGUCCUCCUCUAGGACAAACGACAAAGACCUCGAAGAAUAUAUGCGCAAGCCUGCGCGACUCGGCGUCGGCGCGGCCCCACCCGAGGCGACCGGCGUGCUCGGCCGCGAGACCGCGAAGCUGCGCAACAAGCUCACGGGCAAGGGCAAGAAGCGCGAGCGCGACGAAGCCGAGGAGGGAUCCGCGCGCACGGGCGCCCAGACCGCCGGCGGUGGCACCGCCGAGUCCGACGAGGACGAGGACAGCAGGGCGCGGGCGAUCACGAAGAAGGCGCGCGUCGACCCGUUUGCGGCGCGGGGCGACGGCAAGAAGAAGAAAAAGAAGAAGGACCCUGUGGCGGGCCCGGCCACUGCGGGUUCCACGCCUAAGGGACAGACCGCGGAGCCGCUCGCAGGGGAGGAUGUCGAGAUGGGUGAGGCGGAGGCGGAUCAGGCUGCUGCUGCUGGCGGAGCAAAAUCCCCGGAGAACGACGCUGCGCUGCCCGCGCUGUCGAAGAAGAAGAGGAAAAAGAAGCACAAGGCUGGCGCGGGGCACGAGGGGGCGCAGCAGCCCGGAAACCCACAAGCGCAACAUAACACGGCGGGGUCCCCGGUGCCUGUGAACAAGAAUGUCGCGAGUGAUCUGGAGCCGACAGAGGCCUCUGCGUCGUCGAAAUCGCAUACAGCUUCCGCUAAGAAAUCUUUACGUGAACCCCAAACCGAUGCUGAGCACGCGCUGCCUUCUGCGCAAUCCACCACGCCCGUCAAUGCCGCCGAACCUGCUGUGCGCCAGGACUUACUGGUUGGACCUUUGUUGAACCUCUCAGGGCCUCCGCCAAUACACGACACUCAGGACGUCGGCUCUCCGAAGAAGAAGCGCAAACGAAAGAAGAAAAAGAAGAAAACGGUCGGGCAGCCAGCGGCUGAUAUGGAUGCAGUGCACGAAGACGGUGAAGCAGAGGGAAGCGACGACGACUGAAGACACUUCACGACGCUCUUGCAUCGUGUUCAUGUUUACAAUUGGAUUAACCGUAGCGAUCGACCCUCUGCCCCCGUGUAUGCACAACUUUGUCUUGUUAUUCGUAUGUCACCGAACAGCAUGAAC